CCCUAGCCCUUCUAAACCCCACUUCAGAACUGAAAGCAAACCCGAAACCACUCAUGUCGAAUCGACGGUGCCUCCAGCUCCUCACCCGCCGCCUCUCCGCCCUAUUCUCAGCCAACCCUCCACUCCACACUCUCUCCACCCCACCUCCCCUCUCUACCCAUGAGCCCCUCAAAUCCCUCAUCUCCCAAUCCCCACUCGCUUUCAGCCCCAAUUGGUCCCACCGGACCCGCCAUUUCUCGUCGGACCGCAACGACGGCGUAGACGGCGACACCGAAGAAGACGGCGACGAUUCAGACGGCGACGAAAUUGGAUACAGCAGUGACGAAAAUGCGAGCUUAUCGAAAGGCGGAGGGUCGAAAAGGGAGUACACGGCGGAGGAGAUGGCGGAGGAGGCGGCGGGUAUUGGGUACAAAGUAGUUGGGCCGCUUGAGACUACUGAUGGGGUUUUCAAGCCCUAUGAGCCCGUUUUCGCUGUCGUUCAGAUCGGUUCGCAUCAGUUUAAAGUUAGUAAUGGGGACUCUAUCUUCACUGAGAGAUUGAAGUUCUGCGAGGUUAAUGAUAAGUUGAUAUUGAACAAGGUUCUCUUGGUCGGCACUAGUAGUCAGACAAUGAUCGGCAGGCCAAUAGUUCCAGAUGCCACAGUGCAUGCAGUCAUUGAAGAGCAUGCAUUAGAUGCAAAGGUUCUUAUUUUUAAGAAAAAGAGGAGAAAAAAUUACCGUCGAUGCAAAGGUCAUCGCCAGGAAUUAACCAAGCUGAGGAUCAUUGAUAUUCAAGGGAUUCAGAAGCCAGAACCUGUAGUCACUGAAAAACCUUCUAAAACACCUGGUAAAAAGUCAGGUAAGGUUGCAGUUGCUGCGUAGGAGAAUUGUAUGAUGCAGUUGUUUGUCAGUAAUAAUGGCAAUCUAAUCAUGGUCUUGUGCCUAAAAGUGAGCAUGAUGAGAUUCUUGAAUUGCUCCAGGUACAUCUUGGGAUGUCAUAUGAAAUAGAAAGUCUACAAUGGAGCCAGAUAGAUGUAGGAUUGGUGACAUAGAUUUUGCCUAUUUGUUUUUUCUGUAGUUUGUAGUGCAAAUUUGCAAACUAUGAAACCUUGACCUGAAUGAAUCACUUUUGUUCCUGAAUAGAUGA